AUGGGGGUUUACCUAAGCACACCUAAAACUGAUAAAACAUCCGACGAUGGUGAGAAUGAGAAACUGAGAUAUGGAGUCUCAUCCAUGCAAAGAUGGCGCACAUCAAUGGAAGAUGUCAUGCUGCUUUACUUGACUUGGACAACUCCACAUCUUUCUUUGGCGUUUAUGAUGGCCAUGGAGGGCAGGCAGUCUCUAAGUUCUGUGCCAAGUAUUUUCACCGGGCAACUCCUGAAGCAGGAAGCUUAUGCUGCUUGUGAUAUUGGAACUGCUGCCCAGAAAUCUUUUCACAGAAUGGAUGAGAUGAUGUGUGGAAAACGUGGCUGGAGAGAGUUAGCUAUAUUGGGAAAUAAAAUGGAUCAAUUCAGUGGCAUGAUAGAGGGACUAAUUUGUGGCUUGUUAAGCUCUUUCAAUCUGUUGGGACAUACAACACCUAUCCAGGCUGGAUCCCUUCUACUUGUGGGCCCAUUUCUUGAUUACUGGUUAACAGAAAAGAGAGUCAACAUGUUUAAAUAUGAUAUUUCCUCUAUGGAUUUCUUGGUGUUAUUGAUAGAGGAUAAGGAAUUGGUCGAAAAUCCUAUGAUUGAUGCUUGGUUGCUGAAGAAUAGAAAAAGUCCCUGGGUUGGGAAGAAAGAAGGGUUACAAGGAUGUUGGAUCUUUUAUUGA